AUGGAGGGAGACGACGUGGCGGUAAAGGGCGCCGAGGAGUCUAUGUUGACGAAGAUGAUCAUCGGAGUGACCAAAAAAGACGACACCAUCGGCGAGACCGAUCCACGAGUGACCGUGACGACGAGCGGAAGCAAUCCAGGCGCGACAGAGACGGGAGCUAUAGAGAACGUUCGCGAUCUCGAGAUCGGUCUCACCGAUACCGAAGGUCCCGGUCACCGCCUAAAAAGAUACAGAGACCUCGCAGUGCCUCGAGUUCCCCUCCCAGGAGGUCAAAGGCACCGCUUCCAUCUCAAGAUGAGUCAUACCAGGCGGAAGUAGCGCCCGGAGAGAGGCCUCCUGAAAAGCAGAAACCAAACUUCAAACCAACAGGUCUACUCGCCAAAGAAGCAAACACCGUGGCUGGCACUGCCACUGUACUGAAAUACCACGAGCCGCCUGAAGCUCGAAAGCCACCCCCACGGGAAGCCUGGCGUCUGUACGUGUUCAAGGGAAAGGACAUGCUGGACACGGUGAGCCUGUCAAGUCGCAGUGCUUGGCUCAUUGGUAGAGACCCGAAGGUGACGGACUAUCCGAUCGACCAUCCCAGUGUCUCCAAACAGCAUGCUGUGAUCCAAUUCCGGCACCGGUCUUCGAAGAACGAAUUUGGCGAUGUCACUAAUAAGGUCAAGCCGUAUCUCAUCGAUCUGGAAUCAGCAAACGGUACACACCUUAACGGAAAGAAAAUUGAGGCCAGUCGUUAUAUCGAGCUGGUGGAUCAGGACGUGGUGAAGUUUGGAGACAGCGAGAGAGAGUAUGUCGUUAUGCUUCCGCCCGCCGAAAAGUAG